AACAGCUGUUCGAUAGAGAUGUUUAUCACAACGUCUUCGGGAUGUAUUGAAAGUUCGGUUUCUGUCGAUCGCUGAGGUAGUAAACGUCAGUAAUGUAGCGUCCAAAAUGAUCAUCGUUGUAUAAUCAUACUUUUUAGUAAUACGUAACCUCGAUUACCUGUAUAAAUUUUAUGAAUUAUUAUGGCUCAAUGUAAGUUAACCCCUCGCGAGUUUAUAAAUAAUGCAUUUUCGCCACAAAUUGCUGCGGUGUGCUCGACCGCGGCUGACGCAGCUUGUCAGAAAAAUAAUUUGUCAUUCGUCGAACUCCUGCAACCGUUCUGUAAGCUAAAUACCGAAGGUCAUUUUAAAGAUCCGCAAGGAAACACAAUAACCGUUAGAAAUCUUCGACUUUUUAUACAAGAUGUUAACGUGCAGCCACCAGAUCCAAGCAUUGCUAGGAAAAUGUUGAACGAAGCAGUUAAUUCGAUUAUGUGCGAACAUACAACUUCUAUUAGAAUUGGAACAACAGAAAUUGAUAUACCCGUGUCUGUUCCUUGGUUCGAAGCAUGGAGAGAAAUGUUUUUAAGUGUUCAAUUCCCAUCGGAUCAUGAAUUCACUAAGCAUUUUCUUGCUUGUAUGGUAGUCAUCUCUACAGCAGAAGACAAUCCUUUGGAAAAGAUACAAAAUAUGGGUGCACAGUUACAUCAAAGUUUACCUGGAGAAUUGCCAAAGUGGUUUAAUAACAAUACACUUAGAUAUUAUAUCUUAGUACAUGAUGCUAUACAAGAUGACAGGAACAAGGCUGAAAUAGUUUUUACAGAAAUGAAAAAUAUCUAUGGUGCUAACAAUUGUUUUUUAUUGCAAAUGAAUUCAAGACCUCCAGGUCAAGCUGAUGACAAUACUCAUUUACCAGAUCCUUGGAGUCAAUUUUUAAUAAAGCAUUCGGAAGUGUCUGGAGGUAGCGAACAAGGUAGUUCCCCUCGUACACCUGCAGACACUAGCGGUGUUUCUGCUAUGCCCAAUGAAGUCACAACAGAUACCGACAAGACGAGCCAGGCUGGAACACCAGUAGCGCCGCAAAAUUCUGUAUUGAUUUCUCCAGAUGUAAAUAGUACUGUUAGUUUUACUUCUGACGUAUCUGAAUCGGUAAAUACAUCUUUAGAAGUUGGACAAGAUGCUGUAUCUGUGACAAUUCAUCCCUUAAGUCCAACACUUGAUAAGUCACAAAAUCCAAGUUACAUUGUACAUACAAAAGGACAGACAGCUACUGAUACUCCGAUAAAUGUAAACGUUUGGGCAGAUUCUCCGAGUUACGUAGCAACACAACACGGUGCUAGAUUGUCUACUCAAGAUCUUGAAAGACUACGAACAUUAAUAACAGAAUUCUGUUUAAAAAGUUUAAUUCCAUAUGUAGAGAAACAAAUUGGUCUACUGAACGAUGUAAUUUCAAAUAAAAAAGGUGUCAGUAGAUCACUUUUCAGCGCUACAAGACGAUGGUUCGGAACGAAUAAACCUGGAAUACCGGGACCUACUCCAUCGAAUGCUGUAAUUUAUACAACAGAAUCGCCAGAAUUACAAUUGCGUCGCUUAGGUGACUUAUGUUUCAUGUUCGGUCACUAUUCGCUUGCUUACCAAGCAUAUCAUAGUGCGAAAAGAGAUUUUGCAGCAGAUCAAGCUUGGCUUUAUUACGCAGGUGCUCUUGAAAUGGCCGCUUUAAGUGCAUUCAUGCAAGGUGAAACUAAUAGAAAGACUAUCGAAUACAUGGACGAUGCGAUAUUAACUUAUUCGAACAGUUGUAAAAAGCCUCAGUUUGCGACUAGAGCAACACUUCUUAGCGCGGAAUGCUUGAAAGGCAGAAGUUUGUAUGGAGAGGCGGCGAAACAAUUAAUUCGUAUGACUAGCGAAGACUCGGAUUUGCGUUCUGCACUUUUAUUAGAACAAGCAGCCUAUUGUUUUAUCGGACCAAAAAUGAUGCGCAAGUACGCAUUCCAUGCUGUUCUUGCUGGUCAUAGAUUUUCAAAAGCGGGCCAGAGAAAGCAUUCGUUGCGAUGUUACCAACAGGCAUACCAGGUGUAUAAUGGAAGGGGUUGGUCGUUAGCCGAAGAUCAUAUACACUUUACCAUUGGCAGACAGGCUGCAUCGCUAAAACAAGUUUGCGAAUCCGUUAAGGCAUUCGAGAAAUUGCUGAAUGCAUACAGCAAACAAGCAGCUCCGCAACAAGCCACAUUUUUACGUGAAUUUUUACAUAUCCAUAAUCUACUGUUACAGGGAGGUUUAUCAAAUCAUCAGGGGCUUCCUAUCUUGCCUUUACCACUAAUAGAUAGUAAUAGCAUUAAAGUAUUGUACGGUCCCGUUGCUGCGCCAUACGAAAAUAAUAUUCCAGCGAGUCAUGUUUCAUUUAAUGUGGAAGAGUGCGAUGAAGUAAGAUGGUCAAAAAUGGAAGAGAUGUUAAUAACAGAAGCUCAGGGAUCUCCACCUAUGAUAUUCAAACCGACGAUUUCAUUGUAUUCUAAGACAAGUAAUAACAGCGUAAAGCCAAAUGCAGUUUUGAACGAACCGGUGCAUUUUUUUAUCGAAUUAUAUAAUCCGUUACAUAUACCGCUGCCAUUAUCAAACGUAACUUUGUUAUGGUUGUUUAUUUCCGCCGAUGGACAAGUUACAAAUGAAAUGAAGUUAUCAGAAAAUUUAAAGCCGACAGAAGCUCAAGUAAUCGAAACAAUUAUUUUGCAACCAGUUUGUAGACAACAUAUUACGCUGUAUCUUAUACCAAAGCAAGUAGGAGAAUUAAAAGUGUUAGGCUUAAAUUAUGAUUUAUCUAAUCCAACGCAUGCGAUAGAUCCUCCAGUCGUUAAUCCAACAAUAGCUAUUAGUGGCAAAAGAUUGUUUGAGAUUAGAGGACCUAAAUUAAAGAACGUUAAAGAAAAACCUGGUGCGAAUAUGUAUGGUACAGAUUACAGAUUAGAAAUGAAUGUUAUUGAAAAGGCACCUUUUAUGCAGGUAUUCUUUAGUAAACUGUCUCCGAAAAUGUUAUGCGGUGAAAUUCAAAAAGUAGAAAUUACAUUAAAGAAUGUAGGCAAUGCGUCGUUAUCAAAUGUAUAUUUAGCAUCUACGGAUGCUAAAUUGUUCUCAUUAGGAGAUGAGUAUACAAAUACACAAGAAAAGCAUACGACAAAGAAAUGUAACAAACUUGUAACAAAAAUUCCGUUAAAUCCCGAUAACAAUAUAUUACACGUUGGAGAGACUUGUACAAUACCAUUGUGGAUAUGCGCACCUCACGAAAAGGGAACCCAUCGCUUAGAUUUACUUUUUUACUACGAGAACAUCGAUUCAAAAAGCAUGAUAAAAUAUCGACUUUGUAGACACACGUGGUACUUUACAGUUUUCGAUUCCAUACAAAUUACCGCAAUUGCUUCGAGAAGUGUAUUAUUUAAAGAUAUUUCCCCUACAUUGAAUUUAAUAGUUUGCGUUAAAAAUGCAAAUAACGUAUAUGAUUCCCUUACAAAUGAAAUUAUGCUGUCCGAAGUACUAUUUGAAAGCAACACAUGGUCUGUGUUUAGUUCAUCUAUCUUACCAACCGAUAUUAAAAUACAGCCUCAGGAAAUGUCUCACUUAAUGCUUAAAUUAAGGAAGAAAAGCGAAACCGAGUCAGUAUUUUCUGACGUGUCCUUAUCUCAAGAAAAUGAUAGCACAGCAUCAAACAUGAAUUAUCCAUAUAUUAGUUUUAUCCAAAGAAGGCAUAUUCCGUCGCUAGAUGUGAAUGAAAAUUUAACUGAAAUGCAACAACAAUUUCAACGGGCGCCACAAAACGUAGAGCAAACACCUUUGUCUAUAACGAUGUCGUUAAACUCUACUUUAACUCUCAAAUGGCGAGCGAAAGUAAUCGAAGGUGGAAUUAUUACUAGGCAAGCGACUGGUCAACAUCAUCUCGACCUUGAAUAUUUGAACAAAACUUACAAACAUCCCAAGGAAAUUCAAAUUGAACCAAGCGAAUACGGAGGCCGCUUGAAGAUCUUUGGACCAGAUAAAAAUAUACCGAAUUCAUUGGCUGUGAAUAAUAAAGAACAAAUUUUAGAAACGGAAUUUUUAAAGAAUAUAGUUUCCUUUUCUUUGAGUCAUGCUAGGCAGAUCACACAUAAUUUUAAUCAAAGUCGACUGUGCUAUGUUCCAGUAAUAAUGUAUAUACAGAAUCAUUUAGAAUCACAAAUCGAUAUUAAAGUCAAUACGAUAGGUACUAGCAGUGGAACACAUCUUCCAAAUAUAAAAUCGCAAUUGUAUUCUCCGCAAGCGUCUACAUUCUAUAGAUAUGCUUGUCAUUCAGCAAUUUGUUCUCAGAUAGAACCACUCACCAGCAAUACUGUAAAAUUACAAGCUUUACUUCCAGCUCCUGGGACGUACGAUUUAGCCGCGCGUGUAGAAGUCUUUGUAAGAGUUGUAAAUACUAGGGAAUUCAUCUUGCAAAAGUGGAAAAUGGAAAGCAUAUGUAUUAUUAAUGAUGAUAGUAAAUAGUUGAAAAAAAAAGUAUGAAGGUAUGUUAAAAUACAAUUAUACACGUUUCAAAGCGUAUUAACUAUUUGUUACAACAUAAUCUACCAGUUCCAGAUUGUAAAUUAUAUUAUUAUAAAUAGAUAUAUUAAACAGGUCUUAUGUAAAAAUAUAGUCAGUUAUAAUUCCUCGAAUAAAUAUCGAAAUUAUGUCACAAAUACAUUUUUUGGACAAG